AUGUAUGUUCUAACUUCUUCUUUCCUCGUUGUGUUCCAGACGAACGGCCUCUACGACCUACACUGCUCCCUGCGAAUUCCUGUGGUUUGCCUUCGCUUUUUGUUUGUCUUUUCGACGUUUCCGCCUAUCCUUAACUUUUUUUUUUUGUUUUUAUUACGUGUUUGCAUGUUCUCUUUGUGGUUGGAAGGGUGUUAAAGGUCGUUUGGAGGAGUCAUGGGCUGGUUUGCCGUGAAAAGUUUGAUAGAACAUUCUUUCUAAGAAGCGGUAUGGAUAUGUCCGUGUAGGAAAUUUUUAAAGAAAAAAAAAUUGAAAAUCUAGCUAAUUGGAUAAUUGUAAGCCACCCUUCUUAUUUUUCAUCAGAUGAUGAGAACUUUAGUAGUUUUUCUAAAAGCAAAGAAUUGUAAAGAUUUCAUUUCUUGUCCUGUUCAGGACACGAUAUUCGACUUGCCGAUUGGCAACCUUUCGUGCACAAAUAAUGGCAUCCAAGCGAGUGCUUCUUGGAUUGCUUUUCACAUCGAAGGCGAAGGUUCGACUGACUGAAAUCGUCUUUUUAUGUGUUAUACCCAAUUAAAGGUGGGAAACUCGGCGCCGUGCCGGUUGGGACACACGGCAGACGCCUCCGAAACGAUAUUUCGAUAGUUUGUGCACAUUCCGGUGGGUUUUUGGGACAGCGAAAAGAUUUUUGCGGAAGUUUAAAAAAACUGUUUGACACCCAAGAAAAUUUUUUCGAUAAAAAAUUAAUAAAGUUUUUUUUAUCUGAUAAACAUCGGUAAUGGAAUCUUAAAUUUAAUUUUGUGAGAAAUGCUUCGUCAAAUUAGGUUUUCAGUUUCAAUGUUCAUGAAUUUAAUCGGCAGAAGAGUUAUCUGUAAAGAGAAGUCGGAGUGUUUCAGAACAAGUCAGCGACUUCUGUUUCAUGCCGUUCGACGAUGACGUCCUGGUGACGUGCAGCCGCGACGAAAGGGUCCUUUUUAUCAUCUCUUUUUUGGGGUUCAUUGGAUGAACUGACGUGUUUCAGAUGAAAGUGUGGCGUUUGUCGAAAGAUCGGUCGCCGUUGAUCGAAUGCGAGGUCGACCUGGGCAGUGGGAGGCUUCUCGAGUGCUUGAAGUAGGAUCUCUUCUCAUGAUCAUGCUCAAUGAAAUUUUUUUCGAUAAGAAGAAUGAACCAGCUUGUUAUAUUUCCAUCGAGAAAUUGCGUUUCAGAGGCUGAUUUAGACUUUGGAAAAUAUGAAAAUUCGUUCAAAUGCUGUCCAAUCACCUUCUUUUCUUUGUCAAUUGAUUUUUUGCAACAAAAUAAUUUCAGUAGAACUGUAGAUUCACACAAUUUUUCCAAGAAAAUUGAGAAUUUUUUUGAUUCAUAAAAGAGCUCAAGGUAUCACGGCUUAGAAAGCUUUUUUAAAAUUCGAAUAGCACAAAAAUCAAUUUAGUUCAAUAAACAAACGUUGUUUGAACCAAAAAAUGUUACUCAAAGUCUUCUGAUCGAUCUUAGCAAAUGGAAUUAUUUACUCCUCCUUUUUUCGUCGAAAAUAGUCGCGUCUUCUCGCUGAAAAACAUAAAAAUCCUUUUCUGCAGGCCACACUCGACGGCGUCGAACAUCAUGGGCGUCGGGUCUUCCGGGGCUGCCUAUGUGACUGACAUCACUACGCAGCAACUUUGCCUCGGUAUUCCGGGAUUUUCCGAGGGGCAACUUUUUCGGGUCUUCUGCAGAAUUAGAAGGCGUCGUCGACAAGUGCAUGUCCCUGGACUGGAGCGAAGAUGGCCGUCUUCUCGCCGUCAGUGGAGACAAAGGCCGGCAGGUUCGUCCUUCCUCUUGGUCAACGCAGGCCUUCAAGGGACCUCUUUCUUUUCAAAGCUCACUCAUGUAUAAGAAACGUUUCAAUUGUUUCUUGGCUUUACACGAAAUUCUGAGUUUCAUGAAGUUCAAAAUAUUUAAAAUCAAAUAAAAAGUAUUGUAUGCUGUUUGAGCCAUUACGGUUUGAUUGACUUCUCGCCAUCGAAGAAACUUUUUUUCUGGCCAUUUAUAAUUUAAAAAGACUUUUUUUGAAACUUUUUUUGCAGAUUGCGGUAUUUGAUCCUCGAGCGAGCAGCAGUCCAGUGCACGAACUGGAAGGCCACGGCGGAAUGGGGCGCGAGGCGCGGGUUCUUUUCUGCGGCCAUCGCCUCGUCUCCACUGGAUUCACCAAUGUAAAUUCAAUAAAAAAGUUUUCAAACUAAAAAAGGGAAACAUCUCAAAAACUUUUGAGAACUUGUUAGAUUGGCGCAAAAGCAGUAGGAAGCAGAAAAAAUAGAUUUCUUUAACGAGGGAAGUGUGUGAGGUGAGCAUCGCAGAUAUGGAUCAACCUUCUGUGGUAGGUAGUCCCAGGUUUGAGUAUUCGAGAAAAAAAAGAUUUAUCUGCUAAGCGCCAUAGGGUAAUGAGAAAUAGCCGGUCGAAAAUGUGCAGGAAAAGCUCAAAAACCAAUUCUAGGUGGGUUUUUCGUGGAAAAAGUUCCUUUUCUUGUUGCUCAUGAUAUAGUGAAGAACAGUAGACGUUUCAAAAAACGAAAAACCGAAGAAAAUCAGUUUUUGAGCUUUUUGCGUUUAUUUUCGAAAGGCUAUUUCUCCGUAUCAUAUGGUGCUUAGCAGAUAUUUCUUUUUAUAUUCCAGUACUCAUACCUAGGACUAUCUACCACAGAAGCUUGGACCAAAUCUGCAAUGUUCACCUCACACACUUUCCUUGUAAGUAGUCAUUUUGAAAAUUCAGAAACGCGUGCAAGAAGUAAAAGUCUACGACACGAACAAAUGGGGAGCACCGAUCCACGAACAAGUGAGUUUUCCUUCGUAUUUUGAGCCAGGAACUUAUUGUUUCUUUUAUAAAAUCUAUAUAUUUUUGGAUGCUUUUGGUUUGAGCCGGCUAGAGGAGAUGAUGAAAUGAACUUUUCUUCAUCUGAACUCCGUUGGAACGGUUGACUUUCCAGGAGUUCGUCUCGACCACGGGAGUGCUCAUUCCCCACUACGAUCCCGACACGAAACUCGUUUUCCUGUCCGGCAAAGGGACCAACAAACUUUUCCUUCUGGAGCUCCAGCAACGGCAGCCCUUCAUGUCGCCCGGUCGGUUUUCGAUCCUCUACUUUUAUCGUGCAAUUAAGGCUCUUCCAUUCAAUUUUUUAGAACUAAGUUUCUAUUUUUUCUACGCUUACUUUCUGCUUAGGAACCAGCCAAAUUCAACAUAUUUCUGAGAAUUAUUGGUUAAAACUUUUUAUUUUUGUUCAAAAAAAUUACGGUUCUAGAAAAAGUUGAAGAUAUUUAAUUGCAGAAGUAGAAUGAGAAAUAAAAAGUUUUCAAAGUCUAGGAAACAAAAUGAAUAUAGUGAAUUUAAAAUUAAAAAAAUUUAAUAGCCUCUAAGCGCGCUAAAAUUGAAAAAUGAUGUUGAUAUAGUCAGCAUUUUCCGGAUAUUGGUUUUCAAAGUCUUUUUUUUAAAUAGAAGGGGAUAUGGAAAAGAGAAAUUUACUUUUAAACUAUGAACACGUCCAUGUUAAAUAUGAAAAUACUAUUGAAAAGUUUGGCAACGUUGGAAAUAGGCUAAGAAAGGCCGUUCUUCUUCUAAUGGAAGGAAGAGGACCAGAAUUGCAGUGUACGAGAUGACGUUACCUGAGCAGACGCUGGGCGCGGCGAUCGGCAGCAAAAGAAGGGUCUCCGUGAUGGACGGCGAGGUCGACGUCUACUACCAGCUGAGCAAAUCGAGCGUCGUUCCCGUCCCUUGUAUCGUUCCCAGAAGAGUUGGUCCUCGCCAGGAAUCGCCGUCGAAUGCUUCUUUCAGAGCUACCGCGAUUUCCACGCCGACCUUUUUCCGGAGACUCGUGGCAGUCAUUCUGGCUGCACUGCUUCCGAGUGGCUUUCUGGAAACAACACAAAGGUCCCAUUUCUUCAUUUUUGGGCUGGAUGUAGUCGGGGGGUCUUGAUACUACUUCGAACGUUUUCUUGAAAGUUUCUCGGAUAAACUUCAUUCUAUACUAAUCCUCAUCCAAAAUUUCAAAAAGCUCCUUUUGCCUCAAGCUUGAAGUCUUGGAACGUUUAGGUCUCUCCGGCCAUUUUCUUAGUUUUUAUAAAAGCUAAUUAUUAGUUUUUUCUAUAAAAAUUACUCUUCCAAUUGUUGAGUAUUUUUUUUCUCAAUUAUUCGAGAAAGUUUUAUGCACGUGUUUAGGUAUCUCUAUAAAAACUGUACCAAUUUAGAUUUUUAAACUGUGUUGCUACUUUUGCCCUUCUAAGUGUUUUCUUGUUCCAGCCAGCCAAGUUGAGCCUCGCGCCGAUGGGCAAGACGUCGCCACCGCCGCAGGAGCCAACUCCACCUGUGUCUCAUGCCCGACCUCAACCGGUUUCCGCUCCGACAGCAGCUCCAGCCCAAGUUCCGAAAUCGGCGCCGUCUUCUGGCGCUGUGGUUCCACAGGAGCCUCAGGCUCCGCCGAGGAAAAGUCACGUCGAGAAGGAGGACAUCCGCGAGUUGGAUUACGGUAGCGACGGCAAGGAGAACGGCCAUGUGCCCAAGUAUCACACGGCCGCCGUCCCGCCGUCGCUUCUUGGCAAGGUCAGAGAGAAGAUGAAAGAAAAACGAUUAUUGAACAUUUUAUGAUUUUUUGGGAUCACUUUGAGGGAAAAAAGUCGCAAAAAAUUUGAGAAGGUUUGAUUCAAAGACAUACCGAUUUUAUAAUUAUGUAUUGCAUGGCUAAAUAUUUUGAUGAAGAUUUUGAGUUUCGAAGCCGCUCAAUUUCAAACCUUUCUGAAACCUUAUUUGUACUUCGAAUCCAGAAGAAGUUCUCAAUCUAUCUUGAAAUGCGUUUUACGAUAAAACGUGGUUUCUAAUGAAGUUACUAUUAUUGAGUUUCGGCUAACAAUUUUCAAGCAAAGCGAAAAUAUCGACUUUAUCGAUGAGAAAACUAACUUCUCGGAUAUAACAGGUCGCUGACGUGCCUUCGUCCGCGCCCCUCCCGAUGUUCGCUCAUCCUUCCAUCGGCAGUACCGGCCAUCACGCGCCGUCAACGACGUCUUCAGUCGCGCAUUCGCCGCCUUCAGUCGCCACGCCGCCGACCAUCUCUCCGUCCGUCGACACGACGCUCGGCCACAGCAAGGCCGAACACACGGAGCACACGACGUCUUCUGCCGUUUCUCCAACGCACACGACGACGACGCCUGCCACCGUCGGACCGCCCCUUCUGGAGACAACCAACACGGUGAAACUGCGGCCAACGCCCAGUUUCGGCGGAUCUGGUGAGCAACUGUGAACGAGACGGAAUAGGAAUUUUUCAACUCAAUUUGCCGAAAAAGGGCUGGCAUUUCUCGAAGAAGAUACGUCAAAUCUAAAGAGUGUGAGAAAUCACAAUUUGAUAAAGCGAUCGCAAUGCGUUUUUUUCCUCGAGCGGGGGGUUUAAUGAUUUCGGUCUGCAUUUAUGUUUCAGAUCUUUCUUUUGCAGAAAAUGCAGGACAUUUCUGAACUUUUGAAUACGAUAGUGUAAUUGUUAACGUCAGAAUAGCGUUGGAAUGACAGAAAACACAUACUUUAGAUUUUCAGUUUUUAUCGAUUAUUCUUUUUUCCGCGUUCUCAACUGAUUUGAUUGACGGUAAAGAAUUGAAUAUUUCUAUUUAUCCAUUUUUCAUAUUAGAAGCUUCUAUUAAUUGUUAUUAGCUGGAAAAAAAAUCUCAUUGUUUUAUAUUUUGUUGUUCAAAAAAAAAAUGAGGACUUGAUUUCACCCUUUAUAUAAAACGCCCAACAAAGGAUAAUUGUUGAAAACCUUUACCCAGAAAGAACACGUCCGUUGAGCAAUCGAGUACGGCCCAAGUCCUGCGUCGUCGGAAUGAUCACCUCGAAAUUCCGCCACGUCGAAACUCUUGCUGGUUUUUCCAUCUGAUCACUCUGAACCAUAACCCGACUUCUUCUAGGCAUCAAGGCGAACAACGCCGUGUUCUCCAACCUCAGGAACGUCAACACGCGUCUCCCGCCGGAGUCGAACGGAUCUUGCUGCUCUGGGAAGGUCUGAAUUGUGUUUCCCUUCAAAUCCUUUCGAAACGAUUCUUUCAGUUUGUGGCCGUUCCAUUGUCGGGACCCGCUGGUGUCGUCGGAAUUUACGACGUCGAUGCUCCCGGAAAGUUGCCUGAUGGCGUCAUGGACGGCGUUUUCAACAAGGCUCAGGUCCAUCUCCCGUUAAAUUCCCUUUUUUUAUACUUUGGAAGUGACAAUCUAAAGAUGCCGUUUAAGAUAGUUUUGCAGGAAUUUUUGAAUGUUUCAACUCAGCAAUCUUUUUACAACACGGACAAAAAAAAAAGAAGAAAUUUUUUUCUUCUUUUUUUCGGAGAAAAAAUUUUAGAAAUCUUUAAUUUUGCCCUCAGAUCUAUCUGUUAUAGUUAUAACUGCGAAAAUUUUUUUGUAUCUUUCAAAAAGUUUUUGUAACGAUCCGUGAUACGUUAACAGCGUUGAAAUUGCGUUUUUUUGAGAUUCCGAUUUUUUUCUUCAAGGUUAUUAAAAGUUACGCAGCAUGAGAAUUUUUUUAUCAUUGGUAAUCUUACACCAAAUAACUAAAAAAAUCUCGAGUUAAUUUUUUUGAGUUUAAUGCUUUUUUUCGCAAAAUGAGCUUCAAAUUAAUGAAUGCCCCCCUUUAAUGAUUUUCUGUGCAACCUUUUGCGUUUGCAGGUUACCGAUCUCCAAUGGAACCCUUUCGACGACGGUCAACUGGCCGUCGGAACCGACGCCGGCAUCUUGAACAUCUGGCGACUGUCUCGCGAAGAUUCUCAUCGAAACGAGAUGGAGCCUGAGCUGAGCAUGAAAGUUGGCGGCGAAAAGGUGACUCCCGAACCGAAUCGGUCAUUUUCACAGCAUGACUGAAAAUGUUCGAAGAUAAUUCGUAUUUAGUUAGAGUCCGUUCUUUUUCUUUUCGAUCAUUGCUUUCCGCAAUCGUUCAGCUAACAAAAGUCAUAAAAUAUUAUAUAACCUAAUUCUAUUGUGAAAUGAAAAACUGCGAUCUGAAAGCGUACUUUGAAAAACUCUUCCAUGUUUGUGAUGAAUCCAUUCUUCGAGAGAUUCGCAAUCCUCCAAAUACUCUUCCGAGGUGUUAUUGAUCUGAAGCUCAACGGGUUCUGGUUGAGAUCGUCGCGCUUCGAUGGCAUCCGCUGGCUUCCGGAUUGAUGGCCGUGGCGCUGUCGAACAACGUGAUCAACCUGUACGACGUGCACCACAACUUGCUGUACAAGACGAUCGAGGCCCACGAGGGCAGCGUGUUGUCUUUGGCGUGGAGCGCCGACGGCCGGAGACUCGCCUCUGUCGGCAAGGACUCGAUGCUUUUCGUCCAUGAACCCAACACUCAAGGGUCGACCGUUUAUAAGAAGAAGGUUCGAAUAAGCUUUUUUUUUUCCCACUCAAUAGGGUUGCAAAGAUGAAAAAAAAAAUGAAAGAAAAGAAAAUUUUUCAAAAACCCGUUAAAGGGCAAUUAAAAGAAAUUUCUAUGUGCUAAAGGGCGUGAGAAUUGUUGUGAAGUGUAAACUUAUGCUGUUUUGUUUCUUAAUGUUGAAAGAAUUUUCUUCUCUAAAACUUUGGCAAUACUUUAUAAAUAGUUCUGAGAAUCUAUUUUCCCAUUGAGAACGUUUCGGGAUUUUGAAAAAUAUUUUGGUUUAUAAAGGUCCUGGAAAGCACUCGAGCGGCUCGCGUCCUUUUCGCGUGCGACGACCGCAUCAUCAUCGUCGUAGGCAUGACCAAAGGGUCGGGAAGACAGGUGAAGAUCUUCAAAGAAUGCCUUCGGACCGUUCGACGUCUUCAGAUCCAAAUGUACGACGCGACGACGACCGACCUCCGUCACAUCUACACGCAAAGCGUCGACUCGGCCACACAGCCCCUGAUUCCGCACUACGACUAUGACACCAACGUCAUUUUUCUCAGCGGAAAGGUAAAAUUCCUCAAUUUAGAACAGUAGAGAUCUUCACAUUAUUAUAAAAAAAACAUUUGUUUUUCAUUGCAAAGUACAUUGUGACAUUUGGGGAAAGCUAGUGAAAAUAUUUUUUGAAACGUGAUAUUAAAACUAUAGGGAAACAGUUCAUUUUCAAAAAAAAAAUGAGUUUUGGAACCUCUUAGUCUGUUUGAAAUCUUUUUUGCGUUAUAGGAGUGACAAGUUUGACAUAGCAUUGAAAACACUUGUAUUGGAAAUGCUUGAAGUUUUUUUUUAGCUCUUUGAGAUAAUUUUCGAACAGACCAUCAUGCCUGUUAGCUCGGUAGCAAAACGUUUCUCUCUCUUUUUAUUUUGGAGGGAAACAGCGGAUUCUUUCAAGGUUUUGUAGUUACGCAAAUUGUAUUUUGCAGGGCGACCGGUACGUGCACAUGUUCGAGGUGGUCUACGACUCGCCGUACUUGCUGCCCAUGACUGCCUACUGCGCUCCCACGGGCCACCAGACCAUCGCUUUCCACAACAAGAAGAGGUCGGUCACUUGACCUCAUGUGCAACUCGCACUGCACUGAACUGGUCACUCCAACGGUCUUCAUUUAAGAUGUAACGUAAUGUCGGUGGAGUUCCAAGUCGCGUGGAGACUGACCGAAAAAAGCCUCGAACAGCUCAUUUUCCGUGUCCCGCGUGUGAAGGUUGGUUGCAAAAAAAAAUUCAAAAUCUUUAGCAGAAGCCAGUUAUUUUUGGUAUUUACACCUUCUGCUCAUUUUUGAAGCAAUUCGGUUUUCUAAAGCUUCAAUUCUUUUUUUGUGAGCUAGUGUGAAUUUCUUCUUCAUUAAAGUAAAUGCGACCUUUUGCAGAAAGCUGUAUUCUUUCCAAAAAAAAAAUAUUUUUCCAGAAGGACGUUUUCCAAUCGGAUCUUUUCCCUGACGCACUGGUCACUUGGGAGCCGGUGAUGACGGCCGAGGAGUGGUUUUCCGGAUCCGAAGCCGGUCCCAACUUCCGAAGUUUGAAACCGGACGGCAUCAAUGGCUUAUGUCAGUUUUAAAAAAAAACGUGUGAAUCAGAACAAUGAAAUUUCUCGAGAAAGGGGAUGAACCUGGAGUUCGUGAAGGAAAAUCGAAAAAAGUAUAACGCACCGUUCCUCACUAAGAAUAACUGCUGAGAUAAACGCGAGACGCUGGCGGUACAUUGACGAGCUCGCAAACAUCUCGCUUUUUUUCUCGCGCCGGUCUCGCAUUUUUCUGGUCGCAAGCUCGCACUUUUCUAGGCGCGAGCUUGCAUUUCUCUCGCAAUCUGAAAGUUUCCGAAAUGCAAGAUAAAUGCGAGAUGGCGCCGAGAAAAAUGCGAGUUCGCGCCGAGAAAAAUGCGAGAUCGCGCCUAGAAAAAAGCGACAUUUUUGCGAGUUCGUCAAUGUACCGCCACCGACCUCGCGUUUAUCUCCUCAGUUAUUCUUAGUGCUCCAGUUUUUCAAGCAGAAAGAAAGUUUUGAAGUAAGAAGUUUGGUUUUUACCGAGCGUAGGAAAAGGAAAUUUGAUCAAUUAUAUUUUUUUAACUAUUUCUGUAUUAUUUGCUUUCAAAAUAAAACGGAAAGGAUCUAGGCAUUUUUUUUUGUCGUCCGUAAACUUUUAAUCAAAAAAUAGAAUAGCAUAUAUAUUUUAUAAGGUUGUGUAUUUGAAAAUAGUACUAGAAAAAAAAAUUAAAAAAGGGGAAAAAAAUGGAGAGUAGAAAAAUGUAUCUUAUGGAAAAGAGGUUCACCGUGAAUCUUGUUAUAGUGCCCGACGGUAUCGGAUCUCCGAAAAGGCCGACAAGAGCAGCCGAACCGACGACGGCGGUGCCGAAAUGGCCGAGGACCAACGGAUCUUCGGAAGAACUUUUGUCGGCCCAUCCGCUGCUCAACAAGCCGUCGCACACGGACGAAGGCCUUCCCGACCGCAAAGAGGUCUUUUUCAAUCUCUCUUUCGAAAAAUAGCCCUCUUUUAAACCGUUGAAUCGGCUCUUCCGAUGAAUCACACAGACGUAAGAAAAGUAGACAUUUCACAGAAAAAAUCUUAACAUUUGAAUUUCAAAUUUCGCUUGUGUGAGUGAACUUUCCUUCGUGUAGUGUUGUUCGAUGGGGAUGGAGGUGUCAGCGACGAUUUUCGAAGUUGCGGAGGUUGACUUGAGUGAGGAGGACGAGAGUGACUUGGACGACUUUCACGACGCCAAGCAGGAGAUCGAGAUUGAGAACCUCGCCACGAAGAAGUCGGAGACCUUCGUUGAGGCAGAGCAAAUCGUCAAGCAAGACGUGAGAAGCGGCUAUCAUCCUCUUCUGCUCCUUUCGGCUGAAACUUCUUCGAGCUUCUGACUUACCCUCUUCUUUCUGAAACUACUUAGCUUCUACAAGAUAACCUUUCAUCUUUACCUUCUGCAUUGGCUUUGUGAAGCUGGGUUUUGUUUUAUUCAUGCCCUCUUGCUCUUUCGCUUUUUCCAUUCACGAUCGUAAAAAAAAAAUUAACUUUUUAAGCUUAUCAAUUCAUAAUUCUUCGAAAAAUGUAGUUUUGACCAUAAAACUUGUUUUUUUCAUCAAAGUUCGGCAUACAACGCAAAAAAAAGCUCGAAAGGUUAAUUUUUUAUCGAUAUCCUGGCCUUUUGAUUUUUUCGAUUUUCCUAAUUUCAAAAGUUUUGAAUGUUUGCAGGUAACUGCGUCGUGGUCUUCGAAGAUCGACGUCGACAAGAGACUCGAGCAGGACAGGAUGGAAGGCGUCGCCGAGGAGGAAUGGAUCGAGUAG